CCCGUCAUCAAGUACCACCGUAAUCGAAAGUUAAUGAAGAAUUUGAAGAUGUGAUAUUCAUUAUAGCCAACAGCAUAAUGAUUCAAAUGGUAGAUUGGUUUCCUCUUUAAAUUAUAAUCCGUGAGAGAGAAUAAGAUUAAUACUAGUGAACUAGCAACUGAUAGUAAGGGAAAUAAUCAAUGGCGAUAAAAUUUUGGAUCCUCAAUGUUUGAGCCUGAAAUCUCUCAUAACUAGUCUUGUUUUAUGUCAAUUUCAUUUCUUUGCAAAACCCAAUUUGGCUUCCUAACAUACCAUUCUUCAGCUUUCAAGAAAAUGAAAAUGAUCUCAAUGGCAUCUACUCUUCCCUUGUCCUCACCCACCCACAUCCCCUCAGAAAAUCCUCCUUUCUCCCUUCUCCAAACCUGCAAAUCCAUGGACCAACUCAAGCAAAUUCACUCCCUAGCAAUCAAAACUGGCAUUGCAUGCAACCCCAUCACACAAAAUAAGAUUAUUGCCUUGUGUUGUACUAAAGAAUUCGGGGAUAUGGAUUACGCGCGCCAAUUGUUUGAUACAAUUUCUGAACCAACAGUCUUCCUUUGGAAUACCAUGUUGAAAGGGUAUUCAAGGACUGGUUAUCCUAAACUUGGGGUUUCUACGUAUUUAGAAAUGUUAAAGAGGAGUUUUAUACCUGAUUGUUACACUUACCCGUUCUUGAUGAAAGGUUUUACAAGAGAUAUCGCAUUAGAAUGUGGCAAGGAGUUGCAUUGUCAUGUGGUGAAAUAUGGGCUUGGUUCUAGUGUCUUUAUUCAAAAUGCAUUGAUAAAUAUGUAUUCUUUGUGUGGUUUAAUUGACAUGGCUCGUGGGAUCUUUGAUAUGAGUUGUAAGAGUGAUGUGGUCACUUGGAAUACAGUGAUUUCUGGUUACAACAGAAUAAAACAAUAUGAUGAAUCUAAGAAGCUGUUUUGUAAGAUGGAGAAGAAAGGAGUGUUACCUUCUUCGGUUACAGUUGUUUUGGUAUUAUCAGCUUGCUCUAAGUUGAAGGAUUUAGAAUGUGGUCAACAAGUUCACAAGUAUGUUACUGACCGUAUUGUCGAGUCCAAUUUGACAGUGGAAAAUGCUUUAAUUGACAUGUAUGCUGCAUGUGGUGAAAUGAGUGUUGCACUUCAGAUUUUUAAGAAUAUGAAAAAGCGCGAUGUGAUUUCUUGGACUGCUAUUGUUACUGGGUUUGUGAAUAUAGGACAACUUGAUAUGGCUAGAAACUAUUUUGACCAGAUGCCUGAGAGAGACUAUGUUUCGUGGACUGCCAUGAUAAAUGGAUACAUUCGAGUUAAUUGCUUCAAAGAGGCUUUGAUUCUUUUCCGUCAGAUGCAAGCUUCCAAUGUAAAACCAGACGAAUUCACCAUGGUUAGCGUACUGACAGCUUGUGCACAACUUGGUGCGCUAGAGCUAGGAGAAUGGGUAAAGACUUAUAUUGACAAAAACAAGGUAAAAAAUGAUGCCUUUGUUGGGAAUGCUUUGAUAGACAUGUACUUCAAAUGUGGGGAAGUUGAAAAGGCACGAAGCAUAUUUAAUGGUAUUUCUCAGCGAGACAAAUUUACAUGGACUGCCAUGAUUGUUGGCCUUGCCAUUAAUGGACAUGGCAAAGAGGCUCUUGAUGUGUUUGCUCAAAUGUUGAAAGCUUCAGUAACUCCGGAUGAGAUAACUUAUGUUGGUGUUCUUUGUGCUUGUACUCACACCGGCAUGGUGAACGAAGGGAGGAAGUUUUUCGUUGGCAUGACCACUCAACAUGGCAUCGACCCAAAUGUGGCUCAUUAUGGAUGCAUGGUUGAUCUUCUUGGUCGAGCCGGACAUCUAAAAGAAGCUCACGAAGUUAUAAAGAAUAUGCCCAUGAAACCGAAUUCAAUUGUUUGGGGAGCACUUCUUGGUGCCUGUAGAGUUCAUAAAGAUGCAGAAAUGGCUGAAAUGGCAGCUAAACAAAUUCUUGAGUUAGAUCCAGCUAAUGGAGCUGUUUAUGUGAUUCUACGGAAUAUUUACAUAGCUUGCAAUAAACGGGAUAAUUUACGUGAAUUAAGAAAAACAAUGAUGGAUAGAGGAAUCAAGAAGAUCCCUGGAUGCAGUUUGAUAGAGAUGAAUGGUGCUGUUCAUGAAUUUGUUGCUGGAGACCAAUCUCAUCCUCAGAAAAAAGCCAUAUAUUUGAAGUUGGAUGAAAUGACAUCUGAUUUGAAAUUGGCAGGGUAUUCACCUGAUACUUCUGAGGUGUUUCUUGAAAUAGGAGAAGAAGAUAAAGAGAGUGCAGUUUACCUGCACAGCGAGAAGCUGGCUAUUGCAUUUGGGCUCAUCAGUUCAGGAGCCGGGACCACAAUUAGAAUUGUGAAGAACCUCAGAAUCUGCGUAGAUUGUCACCAAAUGGCGAAGUUGGUAUCAAAGGUGUAUGAUAGAGAAGUGAUUGUCAGGGAUCGAACUCGUUUCCAUCAUUUCAGGCACGGUUCAUGCUCAUGUGAAGAUUAUUGGUGAUAGUUGAACAAAUUGCAUAUUCUAAAUUUUCUUAAUCUAAUUGUUCUUUUGAGUAUCUGAUGCAAGAAGCUAGCUAGCUAGCUAGCUUAUGUUAAUUGCAUAUGUUAAUCAAUUCAAUAACAUUCUGUAGUUAAUAUAGAUGAAUUUUUGUAACAGUUAAAUGAUGCCAAGUCUCUUCCUUGUUGCUCCAAAUAACCUGGAUGUAAAAAUUAUUCAGCUUGCUUGCCUAAGGUCUAUGCCUAUGAGGAACUCCACUGUACCUCCAGAUGUCAACAGCUAAAUCAACAUGCUCAAGGUAGGUCAUCUAGUCUACUAGUCCCUAAGAUAGUAUUAAUAGAUGGAAAUAAUAUACAAACCAUAAUUUAAGCGCAAGUCCAAGGUGGGGGAACUAAGAUGGUUAACCAAGAGCAAAGCAUGUUGCUGAAAUCACAUACUUAAACAUUUAUAUGAAUUUCAGGUUGACAUGUUCACCCAAUAUACUUUCACCUUAAUGAUAAACUCUUCUAAAA